AUGUCCACGGGCCGGACGGUACACUCGCGCACGCUUCCGGCAUGCUUCAUGCGUGGCGGCACUUCCAAAGGACUUUUGAUUCAUCGCAAGCACCUACCUGACGAUGAGGCAAACUGGCAGCCUAUCUUGGCGGGUGCUAUGGGCUCACCAGACAGCUACGGCAGGCAGUUGAAUGGUAUGGGUUCCGGCAUUUCUUCGACGAGCAAAAUCUGCGUCGUCUCGCCUUCCAAUAGAGCGGAUGCGGACAUUGACUAUACUUUUGUCCAGGUAGGCAUCAAGGACGGUUUGCUGGAUAUGGCUGGUAACUGUGGUAACAUGUCGUCCGCGGUCGGUCCGUUUGCGGUGAAUGAAGGUAUCACAAAGGAGAUGACGGCCGCUGACGAUGGCUCCGAAACCAUUCGCAUGUUUAAUACGAAUACGUCGAAGGUCCUUCAUUCCACGUUCACGGUUAGGGCUGGCAGCUUCGAGCCUUCUGGAGAUUACUCGAUCGACGGAGUUCCUGGGACAGCCUCACGAAUCACACUCCAGUUCCUGAGUCCCGGAGGCGCGAAGACGGGUAAAGUCUUCCCAACAGGCAGUCCCGUGGAUCAACUCGAGCUCCCCAAUGGAACGUCAGUUAAGGCAAGCUUGACCGACAUUGCGAAUCCCGGCGUCUUCGUGUCUGCAUCCGAGCUCGGUGUGCCAGGUGACAUCCAACCAGACGCACUAGGCUCCGAUGUGCAGCUGCUGGCCCGACUGGAGGAGAUUCGACAGACAGGCGCACGCAAGAUGGGCCUCGAUCCAAACAUCCAGAGCAUUCCGAAGAUCGUAUUGCUGUCGUCGCCCACGGAGUCAGCAGCUGCCAACGGCGUCAAUAUCGUCUGUAGAGCUCUGUCCAUGCAACAGGCGCACAAGGCAGUCCCGCUCACGCAUGCACUGAACAUUGGGGCGUGCUGCAGACUUGAAGGAACGCUGCCAUAUCAACUCGCUGCGAAUGCCGGGGGCAAAGAGUCAGUGGUCAUUGCGCACGCAAGUGGUAAGCUUGAAGUGGCCUGCACUAUGAAGGAGGGCGAAAUCGAGAGUGCAGUGCUGUAUCGUACCGCCAGAGUUUUGAUGAGCGGCGAGGUGAUGCUCCCCUCGUGA